UCCUGAACGAAAGUAGCUUCAGGGAUCAAGCAUCACAGAGUGGAAAAUAAAGAGCUGUGGCUCCCAGGGGUCCAGACGAGGCAUUUGGAGACAGUGGAUGGACCAGCGUGACCCCAAGGAACCGAUGGCACUGGAUGACGAAGAGCUGAUGACCAGCGGGAACAGACUUUCCUACAAAGACUUUGGAUUCCAAAAGAGUCAUGGCUUCAAGAACUUCCCAGGGUGUCGGGGGCAGGGCCGGGCCCCCCUGGUGCUCCUGUUCCUUUCCCUCAUGGUCUUCGCUGGGCUCCUGGUGGCCAUCCUUGUCCAAGUCUCCAAGGUCCCCAGGUCCCAGGGGCUGGAGCCUUCGAAGCAGGAGGAGAUCCAGCAAAUACUGACCCAGCUGAAGGCUGGAAUCGCCCUUCUGUGCCACCCCUGUCCCUGGGGCUGGCGGUCCUUCCAAGGAAAUUGCUACUUCUUCUCCAACUCGCAACUCAACUGGCACGACUCCGUGACUGCCUGUGAGGAAGUGGAGGCUCAACUUGUAGUCAUUGAAAGCGCUGAGGAGCAGAACUUCCUGCAGGUCCAGGCUUCCAGGUUUAACCGCUUGACCUGGAUGGGGCUCUCAGACCUGAAACACGAAGGCACGUGGCACUGGGUGGACGGUUCUCCCCUGUUGCCCAGCUUCGUGAAGUAUUGGAAUGAAGGAGAGCCCAACAGCAGUGGGGAGGAAGACUGCGCGGAGUUUAGGGGCAAAGGCUGGAACGACUCCAAAUGCAGCCUCAGCAAAUUCUGGAUUUGCAAAAAGCCCACAACCUCGUGCUCCAGUGCCUAAGGCUGUUGUCCGUCCUCGAGCCCUGUGGCUCUGACCCCACCUCUGCUGGGUCUGCAGAACUUCACCCAUCUUUACUCUGGUCUUUCUUCUCCUGGUCUGUGGACCUUGACAGAAGCUCAGGACUCUUCCCUCUCGUCUUCUUUAUCCCCUACGGGCCCAUGCCCAACUCUGUCCUUCCUCUGAUGCUUCAAGGCUUCCCUUGGCUCAGAGGUUAUGGUUCUGGGCACCUCGCUCCUUGGAGCUUAAUAAAGUGACCGGCUGUGGGAUACGGUCAGGCUUGUGUGUUCCAUGGAUCUGCUCUCUCUUCCUUCCAAGGGCACAUGGUUUGGAUGGCUCUGUGUAGCUGCCGCAUCCCCUGGACCAGAGGGCGGGGGGGAGUGGACUGAAGCUCCCUCCAUCCCCUCCCCCUCCACUCCUUGCCCUGCACAUCGCUUUCACUGGGCUGUCUCUGAUUUGCAUCCUUUAUAAUAAACCAGUAAAUGCAAGCUAAGUGUUGUUCUGAGUUCUGUGAGCCUUCUAACAAAUUACCAAACCUGAGGGGGGGUCAUGGGAACCCCCAAAUCUGAAGUCAUCAGGCAGAAGCGCGGGUAGCCUGGGCACCCCAUUUGCAGCCGGCGUCUGAUGUGGAUCAGGCUUGUGGGACGGAGCCCUUUAACUUGUGGGAUCUGGUGCCACCUCCAGGUGGAUAUGUCAGAAUUGGAGAAUUGCUUGGUGUAAAAACAUCGCACAGAAUUCGCACCCUCCCGCAGGUGCUGACCCUAAGGAUGCCCCUUCGUAAAUAAAAUGAUUCUGCACAGUAUUUGAACCUGAAGCAGUGGCGGUGUUGUUUCCUGACACAUCCAAGCAAUUCUCUGACACCAGCUGGGUGUUCUAUGGUUCAACCUAAUUCUGAUUUCACCUACCUGGAGAGAGCAUAAGACCCCACAGGUGAAGGGCUCAGUCCUACAAGACUGUUCCACUCUUUAGACAUCAAUUGCAAGUCCAGAUUGUCACCUGUGCUUCUGACCAACCAGCUAUAGAUUGGAGGUUCUAAUGACCCCUUCCUUGGGUUCUGUUAAUUUGUUGGAGCUGCUCACAGAACCUGGAGAAACGUUUUACUUCCUAGAUCGCCAAUUUAUUAUGAAAGGAUGUAACUCGGGAACACCCAGAUGGAAGAGAUGCAAAGUAUGGAGACAGGGCACAGAGCUUCCAUGCCCCGCCUGAGCAUGCCACUCUCCCCCAGUCUCCAGGUGUUCACCAACCCGGAAGCUCUCAGGACCCUGUCCUUUUGGGUCUUUGUGGAGGCUUCGUUUCACAGGCGUGAUCGAUGAAAUCACUGGCCAUGGCGCCUGAACUCAGUCUCCAGCUCCUCUCUUCUACCCGGAGGCUGGAGAUGGGACUGAAAUUUCCAACCCUCUAAUCUCAUGGUUGACUCCACUCGCAACCAGCUGCUAUCCUUUGGUGUGGUCCAAAAGUCACCUCAUUAACGUAACAAAAGACACUUUUACCUCUCUCAUCACUUAGAAAAUCCCAAGGGUUUAAGGAGCUCUGUUUCCAAAUAUAUAUUUCUUAUUAUAAAUCACAAUAUCACAAUAAACAACCUACAUGCUAUACUCCAUCUCACUUAGAGUCAGCUUCCUGGCAAACUCAACCUCCAACGAGCAGAAUACCUCAGAGGAGUGUUCCAGAUCAUCUUCCAGAGGCCCCUAAUGGGUUUGAGCCUCAGUUGCCCACAGCAGCCACUCGCUCAUUGAUGCCCCCUGUAUUGGCUUCCUUCUUUCCCUGUCCCACUUUCCUAUUCCCCUACUGGUGCUUCUUGGGAUCACUUCCCAGAUAAAACACUUGUAACUGAAUCCUUGUCUCAGGCUCUGCUUCUGGGGAAACCCAAGCCAAGCUUAUAAUAUGCUGUGAUAUCUGCUAGGCAUUGUUCUUCUCUAUCAAAAUGUUCUUGCCUAUUCUUAUGCAAUUUCUUUUAAAGAUGAUUUCUUAAAUGACCACAGCUUUAAAUGUUUAAAUGUCUUUGAAUAAGUAAUCUAUGCAUGUGGAACCAAAACUCAUCAAUCUAUACAGAGAAAACUAAAGCUCCCUCCUUCCUCAUCCUCUGAGCCCAAAAUGUUACCCUCCCUAGUUGUAACCUCUCUAUUAUAUUCCAAAUAACCCACUUGUCAAGUUUGUUUUAAAA